AUGCAUCUAGAGAACAAAGAUGGCAGGCUGGCUUCUGGUGCACUGGAGGUGGAGCUACAUCAGACAUCUGCUCCAACUUGUGCGGGCCCUGGGAGGCUGGGGACUGCCAGACCCACCACCAGAAACCACCAAAACAGCUGGGCAGACUCCUCAAGCUCCUACCCCAGCCAGGCUGCUGGGCAAAGCCGCUGGGCUCCUGAGCACCAGGAUUUGGACUCAUUUCUCACAGAAGGGAGGUCCGCAUCUCCUUUGCUUCAGUUCUUCAGCUCCAGUUCUAAAGACCCCUGCAUUACAGAAAAUACUCCAUUGCUGCAUAAUUCCUCACAAAACAGAGGGUCUCGGUGCAUGCCUGCUUACUCCUCAGAGUUCAUCACCGCUGAUGAAUCUUGGGAAAACAGCUCGGUUGAGUGGGAAGGAAGAUACCUGCUGAGCAGAGACACAGCUGGUUUGUCUACAUCUGCCUCCUCAGAGAAGGGGGAGCUUCCGGACAGCACCCACCUCAGAGUCCAUAUGUCCACACUGAGGCGCUGCUUGCAGUGGGUGAAAGUCACGGGUCUGUUUGUCUUUGUGGUGGUGUGCUCUAUUUUAUUCAGCCUGUAUCCAGAUCAAGGAAAGUUCUGGCAGUUGUUGGCUGUGUCACCGCUGGAAAGCUACUCUGUGAACCUCAGCAGCCGUGCAGACUCCAUGCUGCUCCAGGUGGACCUGGCAGGGGCCCUGGAGACUGGUGGGCCAGGUCGUACCGGGAGAGAAGAACAUGUCCUGGUAGAGGUGACCCAGACAGAUGCACCGGGCUCCAGGCGGCGUCGGCAGCAGCAGGUCACUCACAAUUGGACGGUAGUUUUAAAUCCCAGAAGAAGUGAGCAUUCAGUGGUGAGCAGGACCUUUGAGAUACUGAACAGAGAGACUGUUUCCAUCAGCAUCCGGGCCUCCCUCCAGCAGACCCAGGUUGUUCCUCUUUUGCUGGCUCAUCAGUACCUGCGGGCAAGUAUAGAAGCACAAGUGACCAUCGCCGCGGCCAUCCUUGCAGGGGUCUACGUGCUCAUCAUAUUUGAGAUCGUUCACAGAACUCUGGCAGCCAUGUUGGGGGCCCUUGCAGCUUUAGCAGCACUGGCUGUGAUUGGCGAUAGACCCAGCCUGACCCACGUGGUGGAGUGGAUUGAUUUUGAGACCCUGGCCCUGCUGUUUGGCAUGAUGAUCUUAGUAGCCAUAUUUUCAGAAACUGGAUUUUUUGAUUUUUGUGCUGUAAAGGCAUACCGACUAUCCCGAGGAAGGGUAUGGACCAUGAUCAUCAUGCUGUGUCUCAUUGCUGCCAUCCUUUCUGCCUUCUUAGACAAUGUCACCACGAUGCUCCUCUUUACUCCUGUGACCAUAAGAUUAUGUGAGGUGCUCAACCUUGAUCCAAGGCAAGUCCUGAUUGCAGAGGUGAUCUUCACAAACAUUGGAGGAGCUGCCACUGCCAUCGGGGACCCACCAAAUGUCAUUAUUGUUUCCAACCAAGAAUUGAGGAAGAUGGGCCUGGACUUCGCCAGAUUCACGGCACACAUGUUUGUUGGGAUUUGCCUUGUUCUUCUGGUCUCAUUCCCACUCCUCAGACUGCUGUACUGGAACAAAAAGCUUUAUAACAAGGAGCCCAGUGAGAUCGUUGAACUGAAGCACGAGAUUCACGUGUGGCGCCUGACAGCGCAGCGCAUCAGCCCAGCCAGCCGUGAGGAGACGGCCGUGCGUGGCCUGCUGCUGCGGAAGGUGCUGGCACUGGAGCACCUGCUGGCCCGAAGGCUGCACACCUUCAAUAGACAAAUCUCACAGGAAGACAAAAACUGGGAGACCAAUAUUCAGGAGCUUCAAAAAAAGCACAGGAUCUCAGACAGGAUUCUGCUUGUCAAAUGCCUGAUGGUGCUGGGAUUUGUUAUCUUUAUGUUCUUUCUCAAUUCAUUUGUCCCUGGUAUUCAUCUUGAUCUUGGAUGGAUUGCUAUUCUGGGUGCCAUCUGGCUGCUAAUUUUAGCUGAUAUCCAUGAUUUUGAGAUAAUUCUACACAGAGUGGAAUGGGCAACCCUUCUGUUCUUUGCUGCACUCUUCGUAUUGAUGGAG